UCUACCUCUCUCUCUCCUCCCUCCUCUCUCCUCCAUCGCUAUCGCAAUAACCUGCACAGAGAUUGAUUGAUUCUGUUCUUUUCUCGGUGAGCUCUUAAUCAGGCAAGACAUGUUGCGUUUGCUCUACUCAUCAUCCUCUGCGAUUCGGUUUCUCUGAAAAUGAGCUUCUCUGUCUUCUUCCUCUGUAUCCAUUUCUUCAGGUGCGUGAUUUUUCUCCUUCAUCGCAUCGUCUUCGAGUUAUUGAACAUUUGAGCGAUUGAAGGUUCGAUGCUGUGCUGGUAUGGAGUGUUUUGAUGUGCGAAAAAUAUCAUGUUGCAGUGCAUAGAGGGUUUUAAGCAUUUAUUUGCUUCCCUGCUGCGGUGUUGUGAUCUUGAUUUAUAUAAACAAUCAAGAGGCCUUGAAGAUCCUGAAGUCCUUGCAAGGGAGACAGUGUUUAGUGUAAGUGAAAUAGAAGCAUUAUAUGAGCUGUUUAAGAAGAUAAGCAGUGCUGUGAUUGAUGAUGGGCUGAUCAAUAAGGAAGAGUUUCAACUGGCAUUGUUUAAGACAAAUAAAAAGGAAAGCUUGUUUGCUGAUCGGGUUUUCGACUUGUUCGAUACAAAGCAUAACGGAAUACUUGGUUUUGAAGAGUUUGCUCGUGCUCUAUCAGUUUUUCAUCCCAAUGCCCCGAUUGAUGAUAAGAUUGAGUUUUCUUUUCAGCUGUAUGAUCUGAAGCAGCAAGGUUUCAUUGAAAGACAGGAGGUGAAACAAAUGGUAGUGGCUACACUGGCUGAAUCUGGUAUGAAUCUUUCAGAUGAUGUUAUAGAAAGUAUCAUUGACAAGACCUUUGAGGAAGCCGAUACAAAGCAUGACGGGAAGAUCGAUAAGGAAGAAUGGAGAAGCCUUGUUUUGCGGCAUCCAUCUCUUUUAAAGAAUAUGACCCUUCAAUACCUCAAGGACAUUACUACGACAUUUCCAAGCUUUGUGUUUCAUUCACAAGUUGACGACACCUGAGUUUGAGGUCUGGGUUCAAGUUUACUAGUCUGCAUUAUCAGACACCUGCUUCUCUCUGGAUGACGAUGCACUGAAAAGAUUGUGAGGAAGGUUUUACAUUGUGUUCAUUGUUGUUAUGAGUUCCCUGGCUGUGUGUGUAUAUUUUUAAUUGAACAUUCUUCUUCUUUUCAUGACAUGGAUUGUUUGUUUCUACAUUUGGUUUUGGAAAUUAUAAUGGUCAAUAAUUCCUUAGUUCA